UGUAGUUUCGCUUAUUCUGUCAGUUCAUUUUGUGUGUACACUAACAUUGAAUUUUUAUGUAGAAUACUUGAAAAACAUUUUGUUUAGAAUCUGAGCAGUAAUUUAAAGAUAAGAUGAACGCACCUCCUACCUUCGAAUCAUUUCUUCUCUACGAAGGAGAGAAAAAAAUAAUUAAGGAACAGGAUACUAAGGUCACCAAUGCCGCAAUUUUCACAGUCAACAAGGAAGAUCACACUCUUGGAAACAUGAUCCGCAACCAACUAUUAAAGGAUCCUCAGGUCCUGUUUGCUGGGUACAAAGUUCCACAUCCGCUAGAACACAAAUUUGUUAUUAGAAUACAAACAACAUCAGAUUACACACCACACGAGGCCUUCAUGCAUGCAAUUACGGACUUAAUUGCAGAACUUUCGUUGUUCGAGGAGCGUUUUAAAGAAGCUAUCAAGGAGAAAAAGGAAGGCCUGGAUUAGAUUAUAAGUUUUCUAAUUGUAAAUUUUAAUUAUGUAUUAUAGUGACCUGAUGCCUUUUGAUAAAUAAAUUA